AUGGCAACCCCAACCGUCCAACCGCCACUCACACCUGAGCAACGCAUUGCUCUCGAACAACAACAACGCUACCAGCGCAUCACACGCAACCUAGCCAUUGGCGGCGCCAUCCUGUGUCCCGUUAUCAUGAUUCUACCCCCGCGAAAACUAGACCUCUACACAUUCUCCCUCGGCAUCGGCUUCUACCUGUCAGCGGACCACUUGUGCACAUCAUACACAGGGCUCGGCCUCGUGCAGAAGUUAUCGCCUAUGCGCGCAGUAGAUCUGCCGACGGAGCGGGCGCGGGAAGUACAAAGGGUAUUGAGGGAGGAGAGGGAGAAGGGGAGGAGGGACUUGGAAAGAAGAGGGAUUGAUAGCGAGGAGGGGAAGGGCGUGGAGGGUGCGUUGAAAAAGCUGUGGAUGGGAGACGAGAAGGAGGGGUGGAAGGAGAGGAGACUCGAAGAGGAGAGGAAGGCGCUCGAGGAGGGGAAGACGUACACGGACAUGAUCUUUGAACAGAUUUGGGAUGUUUGGAAUUGGGACAAGAAGGGAAAGGGUGGGGAG